AUGCCUCCGCCCACUCUGUCUCCCCUGAGAUCCAUCCACAAUGUCCGACUAGCUUCCUCGGACCCCAAUCUCGAUUCCACCUGGGACGUCACCUUCGAUCCCAGCCAUUCCAUCUCAAUCACUCCCUCCACCACCACCGAGAAUAACAACAACAAUGAUAACCCACUGGCCCUUCCCACCCUAACACAUCCCCACAUCCACCUCGACAAAGCCUUUGUGCACAGCGCCCUCCCCACCGCAUCGCAUCUCCCCUCCACCGGCUCAUUCCAAGAAGCCCUGUCCCUGACCGCACAAGCAAAGGCCCAAUUCCACCGCGCGGACCUGCUACAACGCGGCGAAUGGUUGCUCGCCGAGUCUGUCGCCUCGGGCGUCACGACCAUGAGAGCUUUCGUGGAAGUCGAUCAAACGGUGGGACUGGCCUGUUUGGACGCCGGGGUGGAGUUGCAAACACGCUGGGAAGCCGCCUGUCGGAUCCAGCUGGUCUGCUUUGCCCAGGACCCGAUCUUCUCGGGCGAGGCCGGCGACGGAAAUCGUGCGCUGCUGGAGGAGGCGCUGGCCCGGUAUCCCUGUGUAGAUGUUAUCGGGACAACGCCGUACGUGGAGGCGAGUGGGGAGGCGGCGAGGCGGAAUAUCGACUGGGCGGUGACGCAGGCCUUGCGGUUGGACAAGCAUGUGGAUUUCCAUCUGGAUUAUAAUCUAGAUUGCGAGAGGGAGGCCCUCGUAUGGUAUGUCUUGGAUGCGCUGCGGAGGAAUCGGUGGACGGCCAGCACGACCGACAAACGGGUGAUGCUGGGCCACUGUACGCGAUUGACGCUGUUUGGCCAUGAGGAAUGGAGCCGACUGGCGGAGGAGAUCCGUCGGCACGAUCUCCCCGUGAGCUUUGUCGGAUUGCCGACGAGCGAUCUGUAUAUGGCUGCGCCGCCUGAUGGUGAGAGUGAUGGUCCAAGCAAUGGCCGGCCAAGGGGUACCCUGCCAGUCCCCGAGAUGAUCCGCAAGUACAACCUGGACGCCGUGAUGGGGGUGAAUAAUGUAGGCAAUGCAUUUACGCCGUGGGGGUCGCCGGAUCCAUUGUCGCUAGCUUGCCUGGGGGUGGGGGUUUAUCAGGCAGGCACGCAGGCGGACGCGACAUUACUGUAUGAGUGCGUCUCAACGCGAGCCCGCGCGGCCAUUGGCCUGUCGUCGUCUGAAUUGGCCCUGAAAGAUGGCGACCCUGACGAUAUUUUGUUGCUCUACAGUGUAGAUGAUACCGGCUGCGGAGUGUCCAGGCCACGAACACGAGUUGCGGAUGUCGUAUGGGAUCCACCCGCCCGAGUGAGCAGGAGCAUUGUCACAAGAGGCUCCCUGAAGAGAGCGCCUGCCUCUUUGUGUCCUGAGACAUCGUAUGAGUAUCUCGCGACGUAG